UGGCUCUAAUGGAACGUAUCGAUGUGCUUAAGAAGGAGAAUGAAAAAUUGCACAGACGCCUUAUAGAAAGCAAUAAUCGAGCGGGCGGCAAUGAAGGCGAGGUCAGCCUACUCCGCAAUGAACUCCGACAAGCACGUAAACUGCUUCAAGCUAGCAAGAUCGAAAAGUUUGCAAUAGCUGAAGAAGGGGAAAAGGACUGCAAUAAGAAAGUAGCUGAAGUAUUUAAACUAGUAACAGCCAAAGACGCAGAAUUGAAUUUCACAAAUGUUGCGUUUUCAGAUCUUAAAAUUCGAAACGCAAACAGCAAUGAAAGGAGUAUAUUUAAAAAUAACGAUGUAAUCGUCACCGAUGCUGACGAAUGUCGUAAUUUGCUUCGCAUAGAAGAUUUAUGUAUUGUAAGCCCUUCCACGAAUCAGUUUUUCACCAAACCACACUACGAGUACGCCAAAGAUGCACAUGCAAAGAAACAGCGCACUUUUUUUGAAAUGGAGCUUGAGCAACUUCUAUAUUACGCAAAAGGGUUUUCCGAGCGCAGCACGGUUGAAACGACCACAGGUCGCAUAAUAGAAUCAGUCUGCAGAGUCUUUACCGAGUUUUGGACCUAUACCCAAAGCUUGGAGUUACCACAAAACUGUAUGAUGUAUCCCUAUCAUCGUUUCGACCUACAAUCAGAUCACCGUACUUAUAUGCGAUAUUCAUUAAUUCAACCAGGCGCUUUAUACAACCCAGAGCAAGCCAUCCCAUUACGUCGCUAUUUUGGCACAUUGGCACAGAUUUAUCGAGAACAGAGCAGCAUAUCACAUACAUUGCUUCAAAAAAAGUAUGGUAAAUACUGGGUAUUGCAAAUAGUAAUCGAGGCGAUAACUAAAAUAAGUUACUCUUCCGAGGUAUUCGAGCAUUUUGGUGUCCUAGAGGCAACUGCAGCGCUCCUGCACAGCUUUCUGGGUCACAUGAAUCCUGUGGUGAUGUCUACAUCCGGACCUCAACUUGAAUUGCUGUUUGAUUUAUUAAAACAUUUGGUCUUUACUCGUCCAAGUCCCUGGGUUUUUCGCGAACUCAGUGCAUGCAUGUUAUUAUGCUCACGUUACGGUUGGCUUAUGACAGGAAUGUGUGUUAAUAGUCCAAGUAAUUACUUUAUAUCUGAUCGCGUUCGUUCGGUUUACCGGUUUGGGUCGAAAUCGUGUUUAAUACAGGUCUACGCGGGACUCAUCGAGCUAUGUUUAUGUAGCGAACUGCCUCUACAACCGAAUCAUUUUAAACUCUUGCUAGCGAUAUGCUCAAAUCAUGUGCGAUUCGUAUACAGCUGUUUCGCAGCCACUCCUCAAUUCGUACUGAGAAUGCUUUCAUUUCCAUCCCUUACUGAUGAGGAUAAAGAGGAAAAUAAGAAUAUGCCCUCAAACGUUGGCAGUUUACACUCUGGUGUAACGCUUACCAAUUACAAUUCCGCAAGUAGUGUUAAUGCUUCCGCCAUUAACUCAGCGAACAUAUCAAAGUUCUCCUUAAUACCAGUGCAGGACCCGGUACCGCACGAAGUUGGUUGCGAAUGCUAUGUUAAGCUUUGUCUAAGCGUUGUGACGAUCGUUUUUCAAAUGAUGUUCCAAUGGGUGAUCCAAGAUAAAAAAUCAGACAUUUCACAAGUUGGGGAAAUCUCACAUAUUGCCGUACAUUUACUUACACUUAUUUUUCGUGAAUAUUACGUCUCGUGCCUUUUUCGGGAUUCGGAACAAACAACAAAACAUUAUCUAUUUCUACUAUGCAAUUGAUGGAAGGAUCACACGCGGAUCUUGAGUUUCGAAGAUUCACAUUUACGAUUUUUAAGACAACUGCAAGACAUGCAGUUUAUGUUAAGGCCUUUGCACAAAGAAGGAAAUCCCAGCAAUCCAAACAAUGACUUGGCUGAAUGGACAAGUAUUGUGUGAUGGGAAUAUACCAUAAUGUGUUUGAUCAGCUGUCUUAAUUAGUCCUGAAUCUCUAUUAGCUUGUGAUUCAAAUGACUUUUUUAAUGACUUGAAAAGGAUUGCUUAUAAUUUGGAAUAAACAUAAUAAUAAUUUUGUCCAUAAAAAUGUAAAUACUUAUCUAGUA